GACAUCGGCAUCGGGGCGUAUCUUUCAUUCGUCUUAAUUUUACUUUCCGGUAAUCCAGCCCCUCAAUCAAGCAAUGCCUGGGGAGGUAUUCUUCACGCCUUACGGCAUCCCCUAUGUUGCCGAAUUUACCAAUGUCUCUAUAUAUCCACGGAUGCCUACACCAACAAUUAACCUCGAUCUGCCCUCCCUCCCGUUCUCGAGCCUUUCUCGCUCGGAUACCAAUGCGAGUGCACCGCCUGUGCGGUCACUCAGACCCCCUCUAUCGCUCCCCGGCCCUGUGCGUAGCGCUUCGAUGAAACUCUUCCGAUAUAAAUCCAAGGCUCCUCCUUGCGACACCGCUGGUUCUGACAUUGACGAUAAGACCCACGCAAACAUGAGACCAUUGCAUCGGCGCAAUGCUAGCAUCUCAAACAGCUGGGCGCGAAAGAAGAAUCACCGCGAGGCAUAUGUGUACCAGAGCGCGGAGAUCACUUCUCUUCCGGCAAAGUCGAGUCCGUUUCCUCAUAAUCCAGGGACCCCGUUGGGAUCGUCCUUUACGAGUUCGCAAAUUACGCUCGUAUGUCCUGAGUCUCGACCCGCACCUGAUCAUCAGCCCGCGGAUAUAUCUAUCUUCAACCGAUUUGCGAAGCGCACGGGUGGGCUUUAUAUUCGCUUCCCAAGCGACGCUGAGACUGCCGGCGCUGCAGUUCCUGGUCCACAAGCCCGUGACGAGAUCCCUGUCAUCCCAGUGAAGACAUCCCUCAGGAAGCUGAAAUUUUUGAGCAGGACAAUCGCAGAUGCGGUAGUCGCCGCGGGGAUGGACACGCCCGAGAGCGCGAAAGAUGGCAUCGAGGGAGAUACGAAGACGCCGGAUGGCGUUUCGACGACCAAGGCCUAUCCAAAAUGGAACGCAGAUGGGAACGGCAAGGCUUUAUUUAGGGGCACUUAUGGUCAAGUACGUACUGCGCUGUGCGCAGCUGGGCUCGUGACAACUCCAUGUGAGGAGAACGGCUUUGCUGAUGCGACUCGGCUCGGUGCAUUGUUUGUCGCAAAUCAGGACGGACAGGGGCGUGUCGUGCUCACGAAGAUUGUCCUUUGGGGAUAGGAUAAGAUUGAGCGUCUGAAACCUCCAUCGAUCGAUCCCUAUGUUGUCCAACAAAUUAAAAAAGGGCCAUCGAAGAUUUAGGGAGUCUUCAGUCGGGUGCCUGAAUUCGCGUGCAGAGUAUUCUUCCGCUUCGAUAUCUAUUCUGCACCCAAUCCUUCGAUUCGGCUCGGGUUCAGAGCAGGGUAUUAUGUUUGUUUUUUGAACGGAAACUUGCGGCGCAGUGUUUCCAGUCCCCCAUUCCGGACUUGUAUCUUGUACGAUUAGAACAACCAGUAGAAGUUCAUCGGUGAAUGUAGGAUACCUCAUGAAAAUGGCAUUUGUGGUUCAUGAAC